CAAGACGGAUACGACAUCACGUUGAAGAUGGUCGAUCCAAUUACAGGAGUAUCAACGAAUAAUAAAAAUCUAAGCGCAAUGAAUUACUAUGCGUAUCGUAUGAUGAUUCGUACACAUGAGGAGAAUGUCAUUCUGAAGUGCGGUCGGCUAUUCCAGCAAUUCGCUGUUGACAUGUAUGUCAAAGUCGAGACCGAACGUUUAGCGUUCAUCAGAUUCAAUCAGCCAAAGCUACGAUCUGAGGACUAUAUACACUUGCGUGAUGCUAUUCAUUCAGAUGGUGAUGUUCAGAAUAUUGGACGACUGACGAUUCUCCCAUCAACUUAUAUCGGAAGCCCACGCCACAUGCACGAAUACGCUCAAGACGCUAUGACGUACGUGCGAAAUUAUGGAACUCCGGAUUUAUUUAUUACGGUCACAUGCAAUCCGAAGUGGACGGAAAUUGAACGCGAGUUGGAACCGGGUCAAAAACCGCAAGAUCGCCAUGACAUAAUCGCCAGAGUAUUUCAGCAAAAACUCAAGGUUAUGAUGGAUGUGCUUACUAAGUAUCGAGUUUUUGGUGACACACGUUGUUAUAUGUACUCGGUGGAAUGGCAGAAGCGUGGACUACCGCAUGCUCAUAUCCUAAUUUGGUUGCUGAACAAAUUACAUUCAAAUGAAGUGGAUGACAUCAUAUCAGCUGAAAUUCCUGAUCCAGUCACUGAUCCCCGUCUACACGACAUUGUGACGACACAGAUGGUGCAUGGACCGUGCGGUGCAUUAAAUCCAUUAUCGCCUUGCAUGGCUGAUGGAAAGUGCACAAAACGAUAUCCGCGACCGUUAGUUGCUGAAACAGUCACAGGGAACGAUGGAUAUCCAGUUUAUCGUCGGCGUUCAAAAGAAGAUAACGGUCGAACUAUCAAAGUUAAAGUUCAAAAUCAAGAGAUUGAGAUCGGAAAUGAAUUCAUUGUACCAUAUUGCCCGCUGCUAUCACGAAUUUUCGAAACACAUGCAAACGUUGAGAGUUGUCAUUCGGCCAAAUCAAUCAAAUAUUUGUGCAAGUACGUCACAAAAGGCAGCGACAUGGCUGUGUUUGGUAUUGCGUCGGAAAAUGUGAAUGACGAAAUCAGCAACUUCCAAAUGGGCAGAUACGUCAGUACUAAUGAAGCACUGUGGCGAUUAUUGUCAUUUCAAAUUCAUGAAAGAUAUCCCACAGUUGUACAUUUAGCAGUGCAUUUGGAAAAUGGCCAAAGAGUUUACUUCACUGAGGCUAAUGCGGCACAACGAGCUGAGAGACCACCAUCGACAACAUUGACUAGCUUCUUUGCAAUGUGUGAAGCAGAUCCAUUCGCAGCGACGCUGAUGUACGUUGAAAUGCCCAAGUAUUACACUUGGAAUCAAUCAACAAAGAAAUUCCAACGUCGCAAACAAGGAACCCCAGUUCCAGACUGGCCACAGGUUUUCAACUGAUGCACUAGGUCGUAUGUACACUGUUCAUCCUAGAAACGAUGAAUGUUUUUAUUUGCGACUGCUGUUAGUAAAUGUACGUGGACCGAAAUCAUUUGCGCAUUUGAAAACUGUGAAUGGCCACCAAUGCCAAACAUAUCGAGAAGCAUGUCAACUAUUGGGUUUGCUGGAGAACGAUUCUCAUUGGGAUUUAACACUUGCAGAUUCAGUUGUUUCAUCAAAUGCGUACCAAAUACGAACGCUGUUCGCAAUUAUCAUCACCACAUGUUUUCCUUCACAACCAAUUCAGUUAUGGAACAAAUACAAAGACGCCAUAUGUGAAGAUAUCUUGCAUCGCUUGCGUAUUCAAACGAAUAAUCCUGACAUCCAAAUAACCGAUGAA